UUGGAUACCCACAUACGAAGGGGACACAAUAUCGCCUUCUCAUUGAUUAUUUUCGUCGAUAUCAUCGAGUUCGCGAUAUCGACCUGGCUCACAUCACAAUUUGAUGUUCAUCAUAACUACUUCAGUCUAGCUGGACGAGACUGCACUCAUUUUCUAUUGUUCACUUCAACAUGGACGCUCAUAUACUCUAGUUACCGCAUUUUCUUCUUCUUUCCUCCUCCAGACAGUAUCUUGGGUAGUAUGGCUUGUCAUAUCUUCUUCCUGUGCCUAACAUGGGUCUUCUGGGCCGUGAGCGCUGCAAGUUUGACUGCAGCUCUUAGUGGACAACUGAAUCGCAAUGCCCAAAGCCUUUUCGUGUACAGCGGUCAACUUAUCGCGCUAGAUGUCUUCGCUUGGGUUAUUUUGGUUCUCGUAACUUUUGCAAUCUUCGUCGUGCACACCCGCGGCAUUCUCGCGUCAAGUCGAGGUGAUGGCGCACGCGAGCCGCAGAUUGCCUGAAGAUUGUCCCCCACUGCCGUGGUUAAUACCAGCGCGAAACGUCAUCCCUUUUUUCGUUUCUGUUCUAUGUACAACUUGGUUCUGCGUACUCUCCUGACGAUCUGCUUGCUGUACUAGUAUUUCUCCAUCUACGUCAUGCAUUGCCGUUAUGGCUAUAAUCUUCUCAUUCCUGGCAUUCAUAGUUGAUACUCAUUCCCUCUUACGAUCCCAUGGCAGGAGCCCCACCUAAUUACCAAUCUAUCACUCCCAGUUCUUUCUAUCCUGGCCACCCGUGCCUUUGCGUGUUCAGGCCAACUUUCCGAUCUUCGCAAUAUUCCC